AUGCCUGAGAAACAGAAAGUCUGCUUGGCCUACAGCGGAGGUUUAGACACCAGCGUUAUUGCCUUAUGGCUCAUUGAACAAGGAUAUGAGGUGGUGUGCUUCGCCGCGGACGUCGGCCAGGACGAGGACUUCGAUGCCGUCCGGGCAAAGGCGGAAAAGCUGGGAGCAAAGAUCUAUAUCGAAGACUGCCGAGACGAGUUCGUCAAGGAGCUCUGCUUCCCAGCUAUUCAAUGCAACGCGGUAUACGAGAACGUCUAUCUAUUAGGAACCUCGCUUGCUCGACCGGCCAUCGCCCGAGCCCAAAUUGCUGUGGCUGAGAAGGAAGGCUGUCAAUUUGUGGCACACGGCGCGACGGGAAAGGGCAACGAUCAGAUCCGGCUGGAAGAGGCAUACUAUGCCUUGAAGCCCAAGAUUCGCGUCCUAGCCCCUUGGAGGAUGCCAGAGUUUUACGAGGUCUUUAAGGGUCGCAGCGAUCUUCUUGACUAUGCUGAGAAGAAGGGUAUUCCCGUCACAUCAACAAAGUCCAAGCCCUGGUCAAUGGACGAGAACCUUGCCCACUGCAGCUAUGAGGCUGGCAUCCUCGAAGACCCAGACACAACCCCACCCGCCGAUAUGUGGAAGCUGACAGCCGACCCGCUCUCUUCUGCAGCCGACGAGCCCGAAGAUGUCACGAUCGAAUUCGAGAAGGGCAUCCCAGUGAAAAUCUCCGCAAAGUCGAUUGGGUCAGAGACAGAGCCAACUAAGCUCUUCCUUGCUGCAAAUGCUCUCGCCCGCAAACAUGGUGUUGGACGUGUUGAUAUCGUCGAGAACCGCCACAUCGGCCUCAAGUCUCGAGGUUGCUACGAGACUCCAGGUCUUACUAUCCUCCGCAAUGCUCAUAUCGACAUCGAAGGCUUGACGCUAGACCGAGAAGUUCGCGCACUCCGGGAUCAAUUCGUGACCUUCAACUGGAGCAAAAUCUUAUAUAACGGCAACUACUUUUCUCCGGAGCGAGAGUUUCUCCAAGCAAGCAUCAUCGAGUCUCAAAAGAGUGUCAACGGCCAAGUUCGUCUACGACUCUACAAGGGUAACUGCAUGGUCCUUGGACGAAGCAGCCAGACUGAGAAGCUAUAUGAUGCCUCAAUGGCAAGCAUGGACGAGAUUGGUGACUUUGAGCCAACUGAUGCGACUGGCUUCAUCAAGGUGCAGGCCAUCCGUCUGAAGAAGUAUGGCCAGAUGAAAGCAGAAAAGGGCGAGCGUUUGUAA